AUGCGUUUCAUCUUCUUCCUUUCCCUGCUCCUGACCACAUUUGUCUUGAGCAGUGACACCUUCGUCAGCGCGGAAACCAACGCUGUAAAGAAUUAUAGCUACGACAGGACCAAUGUCCGCCGCCGACGUGGAGAAAGCAACGUCGAAGAGGAGAGAAUUGACACGCAUGGUGCUGAAGGUGCCGUCGAGCAUUUGUUACCUGCUGCCAUGGCUGAAGUAGUGACACCAAACGCUGGCGCUGCCGCGAAUGCGGCAAAACAAGCUCAAGCCGGCAAAGAGAAUGAAACGCUGGUGUAUCAAAAGAUAAUGGAGAUAUUAGAGCAGAACAAACGAACGAGUAAAACGCGAAAGAAGUGGUCUGCUCUCAAGACUUUCUUAAUUAUUGCGCUCGCUGGUGCUGCUGCUGGCACUGCCUCGUACGAACUAUUCCAAUUUCUGUCAGCGCCAUUUGAUAAUGUGGCCUCAUCACCGUCACUAGUUGAUACAUCAGCUUCAGGCUCUGCUUAG